AUUUCAUCCAACUACUACUGCUGCUAUCUUUUCAAUCUGCAUGUCGUGGCCGUUCUGAAGACCUAUUGAUCCACCAGAUACACGCCAGACCGAAUCUAGCAUCGUUCCAGUCAAUCAUAUCUAGCCAUGACGACUUCCCAGGACGACUUUACCAAGCGGAAACUCUGGGGUGGACGCUUUACCGGAGCUACCGACCCAUUGAUGCACCAGUACAACCAGUCACUGGCUUACGACAAGAGGAUGUAUGCCGCAGACGUCAAAGGCUCGAUAGCGUUCUCUAAAGCCCUGCAGAAGGCUGGGAUUGUUUCCUCUAACGAGCAAGCCGAGAUUGAAAGGGGCUUGCGAGUCGUUGAGGAAGAGUGGAAGAACGGAAAGUUCGACAUCAAAGCCGAUGACGAGGAUAUCCAUACGGCGAACGAGCGUCGACUGUCGGAAAUCAUCGGCAAAGACAUUGGCGGCAAGCUUCACACUGGUCGUAGCAGGAAUGACCAAGUUGCGACCGACAUGAGGAUCUGGCUGAUGGACGAAGCCGAGACCAUCAAACAGUAUCUCAAAGACCUCAUUGCCGUGAUGGCGAACCGUGCCGAGAAGGAGGUCGAUAUUCUGAUGCCUGGGUACACUCACGUUCAGCGAGCCCAGCCCGUCCGUUGGUCGCAUCUCCUCUUGUCCUAUGCCCACGGUUUCUUGACAGACUUGGACCGUCUCAACGGAAUCAUCCCCCGCAUUUCGGUCCUGCCGCUCGGAGGCGCUGCUCUGGCCGGGAAUCCCUACGGACUCGAUCGGGAGUUCUUGCGAGCCGAACUCGGCUUCCAGACCAUAGGAGAAAACUCGAUGCACAUCGUGCCCGAUCGAGACUUUGUCAUGGAGUUCCUGCAAUGGGCCAGUCUCCUCAUGGUUCACAUGAGCAAGAUGGCUGAAGACUUGAUCAUUUACUCGACUGCCGAGUUCGGGUUCGUACAACUGAGUGACGCAUACAGUACUGGAUCGUCGAUCAUGCCCCAGAAGAAGAACCCAGACUCGCUCGAAUUGUUGCGCGGCAAAUCAGGACGUGUCUUCGGUCAGAUGGCGGGCUUUAUGAUGACUAUGAAAGGAACACCCUCCACCUACAACAAGGAUUUCCAAGAAGACAAGGAGCCUCUGUUUGACUGCGUUGACACCGUCAGCGCCAGUAUUCGAAUCGCCGAGGGCGUUAUUGCGACCAUGAGCGUCAACAAGGAAAAGAUGCAAGAAGCUCUCACAGCCGACAUGUUGGCAACCGAUCUCGCGGACUAUCUUGUUCGCAAGGGGGUACCGUUCAGGGAGACUCACCAUAUCUCUGGUCGAGCGGUUGCUCUGGCGGAAAAGAACAACAUCCAAUUGUCUGACAUCACGUACGAACAAUUCAAGGAGUUGAGCGACAAGUUCGAGCCGGAUGUUGUCGAAAGCGUCUUCAACUUUGAGAACAGCGUCGAGAAGAGGAACGCUUUGGGAGGACCGAGCCGAAGCGGCAUCGAGAGGCAAAUUCAGGUGCUCAAGAAAGGCAUCGAGACGGAAUGAUGGAUGCCGGUUACUCGCUUUGGUCAACCCCAUCGCCAGACCACAAGUUCGAAAAGGCCAUUGAUUGGUAUAGUUAGAUAUAUCCCUUCGCUCUCAUGGGUGUAUCGGUUUGGAAUUAAUGCCACAACGGUUAUUAUGCAUAAUCAUCUCAACCUCUGUCUCCAUAACGUUG